GUGACUAGCCUAGUGGAGGAGAAAAGGGUGAAAGGUCUCUCGUAGCCUGUGCUGAUUUAAGACAGGCUGAUUGUGAGGCCACAGGGACAGAUAGGGAUAUCACAAACUGGGGAUUAUGGCCCUUUAUCAUGAACUCAUGGCAGAUGGAAAUUGACAUCUAUGAGGGGAAAGGUCCUUCUCAAAGGUCUGUUCUGCCCUGAUUUCACUAGAAGGAUUUAAUGAUAACUGGAUUACAGAGGAUUAUGACCACAAAGAUACAUGGCGCAAAUGAAAUGCAGGGAGGUUUGUUCCGAGAACAAGGUCGCCACCAGCCGGUACCCGUGUCUGAAACCCGGCGGCGAGCUGGCCACCUGCUUCAGGAAAAAAUGCUGUAAGGGUUAUAAAUUUGUUCUUGGACAAUGCAUCCCCGAAGACUACGAUGUGUGUGCAGAAGCUCCGUGUGAACAGCAAUGCACAGAUAACUUUGGACGUGUCCUUUGUACAUGUUAUCCUGGAUAUCGGUAUGACCGGGAGAGACACAGGAACAGAGAGAAACCCUACUGCCUAGAUAUCGAUGAGUGUGCCACAAGCAAUGAGACUCUCUGCUCUCAAAUCUGUGUCAACACCAUUGGCAGUUACAGAUGCGAAUGUCAUGAAGGCUAUAUCCGGGAAGAUGAUGGGAGGACUUGCACCAAAGGAGACAAAGCUGGGCUUUCUGAGAAGGCUGACAACGUGGUGAAAGCAGGAACCUGUUGUGCCUCUUGUAAGGAAUUUCACCAGAUAAAGCAGACGGUUUUACAACUAAAACAAAAGGUUGCUUUGCUACCAAACAACGCUGCCGACCUUAGCAAACAAAUCACUGGUGAAAAGGUGCUUGCAUCUAAUGCCUAUAUACCAGGUCCCCCUGGACAACCAGGACACCAAGGCCCUCCAGGGGCCCCGGGACCAAAAGGAAGUCCAGGAUUUCCUGGCUCACCUGGACCUCCAGGCCAACCAGGUCCUAGAGGAUCAAUGGGACCCAUUGGACCAUCGCCUGACCUAUCACAUAUUAAGCAGGGCAGACGGGGCCCAGUGGGUCCACCGGGGGCACCAGGGAGAGAUGGUACCAAGGGGGAGAGAGGAGCACCAGGACCAAAAGGGCUACCUGGCCCACCAGGCUCGUUCGAUUUUCUGUUGCUGAUGAUGGCAGACAUCAGAAAUGACAUUGCUGAGCUUCAGGAGCGAGUGUUUGGACACAGGACUCACUCAUCAGCAGAGGAGUUUCCAUUACCUCAGGAAUUUACAAACUAUCAUGACACAGUAGACUUUGGAUCUGGAGAGGACUAUAAGCAAAGAAUUGCACCCAAAGACUCUAGGAUGCACAAAACAGCCCAUCAUUAGCUAGGUUUGGUUAUAUAUAGCAAGGAGAGAUGUUCAGAGUUGUAUGGUAUAAAAAUGCACUGAUGAUGUAAAAUAUAUAUAUAAUUUUCCAGUUUUCUCUUUUCUUGUCCCCAUGUCCUGUAGCUUUCUCUGUUUACAGGGACAUCUACUAGUGGUGGUUACAUACAUUCCAGCCUGUGUCAGUUUUUGUGCUUUGUGUAUGUAGAUAUUAUUGUAAUGGAAAUUAGUUGGCUAAGCGUUAGUCCGAAGUGUCAUACAAUGAGGUCUAAGGUAAACCUGGGAGAUGUGUGUGUCCUAAAACUACUCCUGCUUGUCCCUUAAAAAUACCCUGCUGCUAAUCCAGUGUAGGUAGUCAGAUUUAUUCAGCAACAGAUUUCUGGCUGUGCAGUGAGAGAAUAUGGUCUAUACGUGAUGUGGGGUAGGCCAGGGAGCAGGAAACUUAUUAAGAGGAAGAACUGGUGUGAAUGAGACAAGUUUGCUGAUUCACACAGAUAAAAUCAACUAACCCUCAUGGUGGCAAACUGACUGUCAGGUUCAGUUAUAUGAAAGGAGUGGCAAUAUACAUUGUAGAUGACUAGGGGUACACUAACUGAUUCUGAUCUCACUCACACCCGUAAAGGUCAUCCUAUUGAUUUCAGUGGUGAUAAACUGAUGUACAUGAAAUCAGAAUGAGGCCUAAGGUUUGCAAAAGAAUUUUCAUCCAAUUUGUUUCUACAGACUGUAGCACAAGCAUCUGCUGUAUGAGUUGAAGGUAACUGGUGUUCUUCUAAGUGUAAUAUGUCACAAGAAUCGUUGACUCAGUAUAUAAUGAAGAGGAGUGGUUAAAGGAGUACAUAUGACCAAACACUGUAGCUGGUGCUUGGGAUGGCAUGGGUGAACUCUGGAGAAAGUCACAUCGCUGCCCUGGGGCCAGAAAGAAAAUUGUUGUUUGAAAGCAGGAUUGAAGAAUUAAUUGGGAACCCGUUCCUCUCACCUUUCUGUACUGAAAAGUUGGAUCAACAGGUUAGUGUACCCAGAGUCAUCUACAAUGUAUAUUACCACUCCUGGCAGAUUACUGAACCUGGCAGUCACUUUGCCACCAUUAUAGUCUAAACAGUUUUUCCAGUGUAUUAAGCACAAACAUUUUAUUUGCAUGGCUCCUCCUCCUACAGUACUUGUAGGGUUAAGAAGACAGCUUCCCUUUGACAAAUGCAAAAGAAAACCCCUCAUUGCUCCACUUCAUCUUCAGGGCUUGUAUGUUCUCCCUGGAGCAAGUAUGGACAGUGAUACAAGCAGCACCUUUCCAAGAUGCAUGUGUUGAUUGGAGGUUUUGGGGGGCGGGUCCCCUUUCAUGUCUCCCUUCCUGAGGGCAACUACUAUAAUUCCUAUACCAGUAAUACUGUCCACGUUGGCUACACUGCAAUUAAACUCCAUGGCUGGUCCAUGCCAGCUGACUUGGGCUCGCAGGGCUCAGGCUGAGGGGCUUUUUAAUUGCAGUGUAGAUAUUCAGGCUCAGGCUGGAGCCUGGGCUCUAGGAUCCUGCUUGAUGAGAGAGUCCCAGAGCUCAAGCUGCACCCUGAGCCCAAACAUCUACACCACAGUUAGCCCGAGUCAGCUGUCAUGGGCCAGUCACAGGUGUCUAAUUCCAGUAUAGACAUGCCCAUAUUAUAUUAACCAUGUAGUUCAAACUGUUAAUAUUAGCCCUGCAGUGUCUCAGCAGAGAAUCUCAGGAAAUCUUGAAAUUUGUGAAAUUUGCAAAUUUUCUUUGGGGGACUUGUCAGUUCCUCAGAUACCUUUUCAAUUCCUUCCUAUGGGUAUAUUUCUGCAGAUCAUAUGGAUUAAGUUUUUUCUUCAUUCCUGUUUUCUUGAUCUUGAGUGUAUAUCCCAAAUUAAAAAGAACUGAGUACAUAAUCGGAAAAGAUUAGGCUAAUUACAGUAACCCAUGGACCUUCAAGGCUCUGAAGAGUUCUGUGAGCUGCAGAUUGAAAUAUUUUGAGAACCAAGCAAUGGCGGUUGGGGUUCUGGGAAAGAAGGUGUGUCCAGAAGUGGAAUAAUCUUUGAGUCAUCACAGUGGAAGACCUAAACCAGCGUUAGAUGUAGGGUAACCAGACAGCAAAUGUGAAAAAUCGGGAUGGGGUUGGGGGGGGUAAGAGAAGCCUAUAUAAGAAAAAGAAUCGGGACUGUCCCUAUAAAAUCAAGACAUCUGGUCACCCUAGUUAGAUGGGCUGUAUAUGGCCCACUUAGGGCUUGUGUCCACUUACCAGGGAAUCGACGCGUGGUGAUCGAUCCACCGGGCAUCGAUUUACUGGAUCUAGUGAAAACCCAUUAAAUCAACUGCUAAUCACUCUCUGUUGACUCCGUUACUCCACUGGAACAAGAAGCAUAAGGUAAGUCGACGGGAGAGUUUCUCCUGUCGACCCAGCACCGUGUAGACACUGCAGUACGUUGACCUAAGGUACAUUAUUCACGUAGCUGGAGUUGUGUAAUUUGGGUCGACUUAGCUCUAUAUUACAGAUGUGCCCUUAGUUCAUUUCAUGUAGGCAACUAUGUAUAUGUCACUUUCUUAAACUAUAUAUGUAACCCAUACAUACAAUUAUGUCAUGCACUUAACCUGCUGGAUCAGGUUAUUCAAUGAUAUUCUCCAUACAUUAAUAACCUGCAGAGUUUUGGAACACAAACUACUGAACAGGAUGUUUUGGAAAUCAAUCAAGAUUUUUUUCCCCCCAAAGAAAAUGUGAUCUAAAAUAAGGCUCGGUUUUAGUUUUAAGCUUUGCUUUUUCAGUUGUAGGAAAAACAACAAAUUAAAGCUUCUGGACACCCCAAGGGAGAGAUUGCCCUGGUGUGCAGCAGUACCCAUGAGAGGAGAACUCUGACCCUGAAUCAGGAAAUUGCUUAAGCACAUGCCUAACUUUAAGUGGGCAGGUAGUCCCAUGGCAUCUAUGGGGAUUACUAAACACAUGUUUAAGUACCUUCCUGAAUCUGAGCCUUAGUGAGGUUCCCCUUGUGGAAUUUCCAUCAUGUCACUCCAUUGGUUGGGCACAAGGUUUUCUGCAGGCCCUUGUCCCCAGUGGAACAGGCAUGGGGAUGAGCCCCCACAACCUGUGUAUAGGGCUCUGCUAGGGGCCAAGGCCAUCCAUGCCUCUCCCACUCAUAGAAUCAUAGAAUCUCAGGGUUGGAAGGGACCUCAGGAGGUCAUCUAGUCCAACCCCCUGCUCAAAGCAGGACCAAACCCAACUAAAUCAUCCCAGCCAGGGCUUUGUCAAGACUGAC